AUGGGUGUCCCCAAGUUCUUUAGAUGGCUCUCCGAGCGAUAUCCCGCCAUCUCCCAGCUCAUCGCAGAGAACCGAAUACCCGAGUUCGACUGCCUUUACCUCGAUAUGAAUGGUAUCAUUCAUAACUGUACCCACAAGGAUGCAGGCGAGGAUGUGUCCUUCCGGCUGAGCGAAGAAGAAAUGUUUAUUCGUAUAUUCAAUUACAUCGAACAUUUAUUCGGGAAGAUUAAGCCCAAACAGCUGUUCUUCAUGGCCAUCGAUGGUGUUGCGCCUCGAGCUAAGAUGAACCAGCAACGUUCUCGACGUUUCCGGACGGCUCUCGACGCUGAAAAGGCUCGUGACAAAGCCAUCAAAGACGGCAUCGAGAUGCCCAAAGAGGAACCCUUCGAUAGCAAUUGCAUUACACCAGGUACCGCUUUUAUGGCAAAGCUAUCCCAACAGUUGAGAUACUUUGUCAACAAGAAGGUGUCUGAAGACACUGACUGGCAAGGAUGCGAAAUUGUGCUGUCCGGCCACGAGGUCCCCGGUGAGGGAGAACACAAAAUCAUGGAGUACAUUCGAAACGCCAAGGCUCAGCCUAACUACAACCACAACGUGAGACAUUGUCUUUAUGGUCUCGAUGCAGAUUUGAUCAUGCUUGGCCUGCUCAGCCAUGAUCCCCAUUUUUGUCUUCUUCGAGAGGAGGUUACCUUUGGGCGGGCUUCCAAAACCAAGUCCAAAGAGCUUGAGCACCAAAACUUUUAUCUGCUUCAUCUCUGUAUCGUCAGAGAGUAUCUUGAGAUGGAGUUUCAGGAGCUUCAAGAAGAAGGAACUCUCAGCUUCCCAUUUGAUCUUGAAAGAGUCAUUGAUGACUUCAUUUUGAUGGCGUUCUUUGUCGGAAACGAUUUCUUACCUAAUUUGCCCAGCUUGCACAUCAAUGAGGGUGCGCUAGCCAACAUGUUCAGGAUUUACAAAUCCAUCCUUCCUAAGUGCGAUGGAUAUAUCAACGAGAAUGGAGUUAUCAACAUGGAGCGACUCCAGCGCCUUCUUGGCGAACUUUCCAAUACAGAAAUCAGCGCCUUCGAGAACGAUGUAUCGGAUGAAAAAUGGUUCGCGUCGAAACAGAUGGAAAAAACCCUUGAAAGCAGAAAUGCCGAAGCAAAGGCGCCCAAAGGAGGUCAACUUGUACUCACUCCAGCCCAACGCGAUUUGUGGAAGCAAAAAAUCAAGCCCUACAUCUCAAAGCGCUCCAAACAACCUUUGGACCUCGGCACUGGUCUCAAGGCUACGGACCGCAAGUUUGUUCAGGAUUUGGCCGAUUCUAUGCACCUUCAAUGGUCCACCAAGGAGGAUGAUGAGGGUCACCGCCAUCUGAUUGUCUCGUUCCCACCUAAGGAUAACGACGAGGACGACGAUGAUGAGGAAGAGGAAGGCAACCUAGCUGCCUAUCGAGUAAUGAAAACUUACGACAAGGCCCUGGUGAUCGACCUGACCGCUGAGGAUGCCCAGAAAAACUAUGAGAAGCUCUACCAAGACAAAUACCAGGGUUGGAAGACAAAGUACUACCUGCAGAAAUUUGAGGAGUGGGCUCCCGACAAUUACGACAAGGAACUUACAUCAUUGUGUGAGAACUACGUUCAAGGUCUACAAUGGGUCUUGUACUACUACUAUCGAGGAAUUGCGUCGUGGCCCUGGUUCUACGGAUACCACUACGCGCCUCUUAUUUCAGAUGUUGUCAAGGGUGUUGGUGCAGAUCUCAACUUCAAGAAGGGUCAGCCUUUCUUGCCAUACGAACAGCUUAUGGGUGUUUUGCCAGACCGAAGUAAGAAGAUCGUGCCCACGGUUUACCAUGACCUCAUGACGAAUCCGGAUUCUCCUAUCAUCGAUUUCUACCCUCGAGAUUUCGAGCUAGAUAUGAACGGGAAGAAGAUGGACUGGGAAGCAGUCAUCAAAAUUCCUUUCAUCGACGAGAAGCGCUUGUUGACAGCUAUGGCACCCAAGAACGAGCUAUUGGAACCCGAGGAAAAGGCUCGCAACGGCUUUGGUGUCCCUCUCAAGUUCACAUUCUCGCCAGAGGUCGAUUUCGUUUACCCUUCACCCCUGCCCGGUGUUUUCCCUGAAAUUCAGAACUGUCGCUGUAUUGAAAACAUCUUCGACCUACCUGAUGUGGAGGGACUUGAUUUCUUGUCCGGUUUGACUAGUGGUGCCUUAUUGAACGGUGAUGCUCUGGCGGGCUUUCCCACACUUCAUACUCUGCCGUAUACUGCCCAGCUUGUUGAAGGUUAUGGCGUUAAUGUGUUCCAGACAGACAGUAGGAACCCGAGUAUCUGUGUUACCUUGACUGGAACAGAAAACCGUACCAAGAUGGAAACUUGGAAGGCGAAACUCGGCCAGCGAUGCUAUGUCGGAUAUCCCUUCCUUCAGGAGGCCAAGGUUAUCAAAGUCCAGGACGAACUCUUCAGUUAUGAACUGGCGGACAACGGCAAAGACAUCGUGACGAGGGACCACAACAACAGAGAGGCUGCUGACUGGGCCAGAGAGGCCGACCACCUUGAGAACUGGCAUGCUAAACGUUUGGCAAUUACUAUCGGCCAGGUUGAGUGCUUGGUAUAUGUCCAUAUGCUCAAGGGCCUCAACCGUACGGAGGAGGGGGCCUUGAUCAAGGAGUAUGCCGAAAACCCUAGCCUUAGGAGCACGUAUGCUGCGCAAACCAUCGUCGACGAGGUUGUCAACGAGGACGAGCGAUUCAUUGAGAAAGAAGCGUUGCCUAUCGAGGAAGAAUUUCCUCGUGGCACUCGUGCUUUCUUCCUUGGCGAGUAUGCUUUUGGUCGGCCCCUAGAGGUUGCUGCCCAUACCGGCAACAAGGCUGAAAUUGUUGUCUCAAUGCUCAAGAACAAGGAGCCGGACUUCGCCAAGCAGAUCAUCUACCAGGCAGAACGCUCCAAUCCCUAUACUCCUUCUUUUGCUGUCGCCAAGCAGUUAGGCAUUCACCCUCUUGUACUAAGCAAGAUCACUUCCUCAUACCAGAUAAUCAAUUCUGCCGGGCUCAGACUGAACUUGGGUCUAAAUUUGAAGUUUGAAGGACGAAAGCUGAAGGUUCUGGGUUAUUCGAGGAAGUCUCAUACUGGUUGGGAAUUCAGCGGCAUGGCAAUCAAGUUGAUUGCUGACUACAUGGUCGCCUUCCCUGACUUCUUCGCGGCCAUUCAGAGGGAGCCGCAGAAGAGUGAGGUUCUCGAAACAGACCUGUGGAAGGACCCCAGUGUUGCUUCUCAACGGGUCAAGGAGAUUGUGGCCUGGCUCAAGAAACAGGAGACGAGCAAGUUCGAGCGUGUUCCUUUGGAGGCUGAGCAGCUUGACUCCGAGGUUGUCAAGGCCCUGGCUACUGUUGGUGAGCAAGUACAUGCUGCUUCUCAAGACGUUGACAUCAAGAAGCUACGUGGUGUUCCUCGUUCAGCGCUUCUCAAACCUUCGGAUGCAGAGAUGGUGCUCGGCAGCCAGAACUUCAACCUUGGGGAUCGAGUCACUUAUGUUUCUGCUGCUGGAAAGGUUCCCAUCGCGACUCGCGGAACCGUUGCUGGUAUUAGCCGCACAGCUACUGCGCUGCUUCUGGAUGUUGUCUGGGAUACAUCUUUCAUGAGCGGUACCACUCUAAAUGAGAGAGCGCCUAUGUUCCGUGGCCAGACCGUAGCAUCUUCUUCUGUUCUGAACACCUCAAACAAGCAAGUCAUCUCCACCACAAGCAAGGGGCAACAGCGACGUCCCGUCAUUGCGGCGCAGGGUGGGUAUGCGAAUGUUGGUGUUCCCCAGUACAAGGACGCGCCCGCUCCUGGUCCCCUUCGUGGUGGAUGGCGCGGAGCGCUAAACGGCAACAACUCAGGUGGACGUGGUCGAGGUAACGGCGCUCGCGGAGGUGCCCCUAACCUCGUUCACAGCACCUUGGUCUACCGAAACGGCCCCCCUGAAGGUGCUGAUGCUAACGGAAAUGGUGGACGUGGCAGAGGAGGCCGUGGUCGUGGACGUGGCAGUUACCACGGUUCCCAGGGCCCAGAUGGUGAGCAAGGAGCAGGCGCCCCACAGGAACAAAUGUACGGUAACGUUCCGCCACCCGCUAGCCUUGAUCAACCCAGGGGCAGAGGCCGAGGUCGUGGACGUGGUGGAAGAGGCCGUGGCGGCCCCAACCGCGGUCGAGGUAAUGGAGGAGCUGGUAAUGGAACUCAAGGCUAG